CCAAAAAGUAUUUUUUCGGUUUGUUCCAUGAUGUUAUCGCAAAAUUGAGAGCUCACAAAAAUGGCGGAGGAGCGGAGGGUUUGAUGGAGGGUUUGUGAAGAUGGGAACUGAAGAAAGUUUUGGAAGUCUGCUGAGAUGGGCGGCGGAUCAUGGAAUUUCAGAUUCUGUCGAUCAACAGACUUCACAUUCUUGUUUGGGCGAUUCUUUGUGCGUCUGUUUCUUCCCUGAUGCCGGCGGGAGAGGUCUAGGGGCUGUUCGUCAGCUUAACAAAGGAGAGUUAGUGCUGAGAGUUCCAAAAUCUGUCUUGUUCACGACCCAAAGUUUGUCGUUGGAAGAUGAGAAGCUCGCCAGGGCUCUGAAGAGAUACCCAUCUCUUUCUUCUACUCAGAAGUUGACCUUUUGUUUACUCUAUGAGAUUGGUAAAGGAACUAGUUCUUGGUGGUUGCCUUACUUGAAGCAUUUGCCCCAGAGUUACGACAUACUGGCAACUUUUGGAGAAUUUGAAAAGCAAGCCCUGCAGGUUGAUUAUGGUAUCUGGGCAACAGAGAAGGCUGCUUUGAAGUCUCUCAUGGAGUGGAGAGGAGUUAAAGGACUAAUGGAAGAAUUCAAUAUUAAAAACCAACUCCAAACAUUCAAGGCAUGGCUUUGGGCCUCUGCAACUAUAUCAUCUAGGGCAUUGUAUGUACCAUGGGAUGAGGCCGGAUGUUUAUGUCCAGUUGGUGACUUGUUUAAUUAUGCUGCACCUGAAGGGGAGUCCAUUGAUGGUACGGAUGUUUCAUUUUUUUCACCACACGCUUCUUUGAAUGGAGACAUAACUACUGAUGAGUUACAUGAAGAGCAAAGAGAUACUCAAUGGGCUUUGACAGAUGGUGGAUUUGAGGAAGAUGUUUCUGCCUACUGCUUCUAUGCUCGGGAAAGUUAUAAGAAGGGAGAGCAGGUUCUUUUAAGCUAUGGUACAUACUCAAACUUAGAGCUUCUUGAAUAUUAUGGGUUUCUUCUUCAGGAAAAUCCAAAUGACAAAGUUUUCAUUCCUUUGGAACAUGACAUUUAUAAUUCCAGUUCUUGGCCCAAGGAAUCUCUUUAUAUUCAUCAAAAUGGAAACCCAUCUUUUUCUCUACUUUCCGCUCUGCGAUUAUGGGCAACCCACCCGAACAAGCGUAGAGGUGUCGGGCAUCUUGCUUAUUCCGGGUCACAACUCUCCGUCAAGAAUGAAAUAUUAGUCAUGCAGUUGUUAUCAAAGAACUGCCUUACUGUUUUAAACAAUUUGCCAACAUCAGUUGAAGAAGACAAUCAGCUUCUGUGCAACAUCUGCAAAAUCCAGGAUCUACAAGUACCAAGGGAGCUCAGGAAGAUGCUGUUGACUUAUGGAGGCGAGUUUUCUGCUUUCUUGGAGACCAAUGGUGUAGUGAAUAGAGAUGAAGCCGAGUUACAUUUAUCUGGGAAAAUAAAACGUUCUCUGGAGAGAUGGAAACUAGCAGUCCAGUGGAGGCUUUUGUACAAGAAGGCGUUGGUUGAUUGCAUAAGUUACUGCACCAGAACUAUUUGUUCUCUAUCUUCUUAAUCUGGUUCAGGUUGUGAUUACCAGGUUCUAACUUAAACUUUUCCUAUUAAAUGAAUUUUAUGGGUAUCAUGAGAUUAUAGAAUGGUAUGAAUAUGAUAGCAUCGAAUCAUCUUCUUC